GCAGCAUUAUCGCUCACGUUUCUAGCUGCAAGUUCUCCAAAACAAGCGAUACAUUCGAGCUGCACAAGCCGGAACUUUUAUUUAGUCAACAAGACUACACUAACCUUGGGGACAGUGGCAUUUCGAGCGGCUGAUGGCGCGAGCCAUACUUUUCGUGUUGGCACUCCCAGCCUCUGUUGCUGCUUCCACCACCUCGACUAUGGUGAGAUAAAUCGACGAUGAAUACCACUGUCAAAGAGGCUGUGACGCGCUGUCGAUUGCCCAGUUGCGCGUGGCUCUCUUCAACUAACUUGACAAACCUUACGAACGUGCCACCUCUGUUACCAGAUUCAGAUCUCUCAGGCAUCGGGGUCAUCCUUGGUUUUUCAGUCUCAGCAUAUCUCACAUUACUACUCCUCCUCAUCCACUACAUCACCGUCCACAACGUCCUUGAAACAAAGAGCACAACAAACACCCACAUCAACGCAGUCGACAACCGAAUCCUUACAUUCAUACGCUCCCGCAUCUUCUCAUGGACCCCCAGCCGACGCUUUCAAUACGCCAUCGAAAAGUCAGUCCUGAUCCUUAGUGACCUAAACCUAGUCACCGGCACCGCCAUUCUCAUAGCCGGGUACUCACAACUGAAAUGUGGCAUAUCUGCGUAUCACUGGCAGAUGAUGGUCUUCAUUUCGUGGUUCGCCAGUUUCGCUUUCGUGUCCGCUACGGCGUUUCUCGAGGGUUGCUCUCAGACCAACAAAAGUAUGAGACUCGUUAGACUGGUCUUUAUGGUUCUGCUCGCUUCUCUAUUGAUUACGGCUUUGCUCCCGACGGGGUCGAGGAUGUGGCUCAAUGGUUAUCCUGAUGAUGGUGAGGGGUUCUAUCCUAGUUUGAGCGCUAUUUGCUUUUACAAAGAGCUUGGUAUGCGUUCGUUCUUGCGGCGAGGUCCUAAGAUUUGGUCUAUGAUCUUCUCUGUGGUUAUCGUUGGUGUGUCUUUUGUUCGGUGUGGUAUACAACUACUUGACCGAGGCGGGGACGUGUCUCGCACAUGCCUUCGGACGUUACCUGGAUCGAAGUUCAAGCGGUUCCUCAAAUUCAUGGAGGACAAGACGUCAUCUCACACGAUCCAGGCCUAUAUCUGGCACGCACCAUACCUCCUCUCAUAUGCCGGCUUCAUCAUCGCUCGGGCGGUCUACGAUGUCUCCGAGUCAAUGCUACUAGAGAUCCUCUGGUUGGCCUUCGCAAUGGCCUGGGGAACAAUCAAAGUCUGGGAUACACGCGCUGCAGCCUCAUGGAACUUUGACGGCUACAACUUUACUCUCAACCAAAAGGUCUCCGAAGAGAACUCCUGGGGUUUCGGUCAGACCUUGCCGUUGAUCUUGCUCCUGCUACCGCUUCUCUCAAUGGCCCAGGCUUACCUUGAUGACGACGCAAAGGCUCAGGAUACCCUGCGAGGGGAUGGGGAUACAUCGUCUCCGCCUGGAACGGCAACGGUGGAAGAGGUGGAAGAUCCGGGCGUCGUAGACCCGGAUACAUCGGAAUCACAGAAUUGCGAUCGGCUUGUGAAGCUCCCAACGUAUCCCUACGCGAAUUUCGCCUCACACUCGUGGUACCACGAUCACUUACUUCUCCUGGUCUCUCAAGUCAUUAUGGUCGGUACCGUUGCGCUCUUCUUUCUCACGCGCUUAGCAGAUAUCUUGGGCAUCUCUUCAAUUCUACGAAGUAGACUUUUCGUCAUUUGGAUUCUAGCCAUCUUACCACUGGCCUCUUUUAUCCACUUGACAACAUGGUAUCUAGCAGCUCUGAUGAUCGGUAGGUGGGUCGAUGUAAGACGGUGGCUAUCUAGAGAGGAGACAAGGGGGAGCAAAUCAGUGCGAAUAGUCGCCGCAACCCAAAUUAUCCCCACCACAGCUCGACUCCUUUACCGCCAAUCCGCACCAUUCCUACCCACUCUCACCAUGGCUGCCCUCGCGACCAAGACCGAGUCGCAGAACAUCUUUACCAAAUUGAAGUCGAAGCCCGCGAACAAAAUAUGCUUCGACUGCGGCGCAAAGAACCCAACAUGGAGUUCUGUACCAUUUGGCAUCUACCUAUGCCUCGACUGCUCGUCCAACCAUCGUAACAUGGGUGUCCACAUCUCCUUCGUACGAUCCACCAAUCUCGACAUUUGGCAAUGGGAUCAAUUACGAAUCAUGAAAGUGGGCGGUAACGAGAGCGCUACCAAGUACUUCCAGUCGCACGGAGGUUCUGCUGCGCUCGCGAGUAAAGACCAUAAAGCCAAAUACACCAGCAAUGCCGCCACCAAGUACAAGGAGGAGCUGACUAGGCGCUGCGCUGCGGAUGCCAGGAUGUACCCCAACGAGGUCGUGAUUACAGAUGUUCCCGAGAUUGGCACUGACGGCACCAACACGCCAGCCAAUGACGAAGACGACUUCUUCUCCUCAUGGGAUAAGCCCACCAUCAAGCGCCCGUCGAACCCACCCUCGCGGACCGGUACACCCAAGGUUGGAGGAUCACCCUUCCUGAAGCCUGGCGCCAACGGCAACGGAACAGAUCGUCCCAAGUCGCCCCUCGUUGGCGGUGAAUCGAGCACACCCGUUGCAAAGCCCGCUGCCGUACGAAAGACGACCGCAGGCGCUGCGCCGAAGAAGAACAUUCUGGGAGCCAAGAAGAAGGGUCUCGGAGCAAAGAAGGUGGUUGCCGCAGAUGGAGGCCUAGACUUUGAGGAAGCAGAGCGAAAGGCCCGUGAAGAGGCUGAGCGCAUCGAGAAGUUGGGCUAUGAUCCCGAAGCUGAAGCCGCUGAGGCCGCGGCGGCCACCAAGUCGAAAGCCCCCGAAGCAUCCGCCAUUGUCUCCCCGACUCCCGUAUCGCCGCCACGAGGUGGUUUCGGCUCCACCUCCAAGACCGAGCGCUCCAGCCAGGAUAUGGAGAGGUUAGGCAUGGGCGUACAACGUCUGGGCUUCGGACAAGUGGGUGCAGCGAAGAAGGCUGCACCGCAGAAGAAGAUGGGUGGCUUCGGCAGUGUCGGCAAGCCUGCGCAGGAUGACGGCGAGAAGUACGCGCGCGACAAGUUUGGCACACAAAAGGGCAUCUCCAGUGACGAGUUCUUUGGGCGCAACGCAUUCGAUCCUACUGCCACUGCACAGGCCAAGGAGCGAUUAUCAGGCUUCGAAGGCGCGAGCGCUAUUUCCUCCAACGCAUACUUUGGCCGACCCGAAGACGAGGUCGGUGACGAGGACUACGGUGACCUUGAAACUGCUGCCAAGGACUUUGUCCGCAAAUUUGGUCUUACUGCUGGCGACGAUCUCGAGAACCUGACGAACAUGCUUGGCGAGGGUGCGACGAAACUGCAAGGCGCUGUCCGGAACUACCUCAACUCGUAGGAUGACUUCGUGGAUGACUUUGUGGCCGUACACGAUAGCCUUGAGGCCGUGUACUGAACAUAACGAUCCGGUAUACGGAGAGCAGGGCGUAUUACCAUGUGCAAAGCUUGUCGCAGACGUCGAACAACAGGUGUGGGCGCUUGGUGUAUUGCAUGGAGCGGGCAGAUGAAAGACUAUGAAGCGUGGAGUUGGCCGUACAUUUCUACUGCGCUGAAGACGUGGGCUUGGGAAUGGGUGUUUGGGAGUAUAGACAAACGCAACUAAGAGUCCUUCAAUUCAACCUCGUAAUCUCAUCU